GUGACGAACAGUGAACCAGUACUUUACAACCGUAACAUCAAAGAUAUGCAUAAUAUCAUGGUUGGCCAAGGCUUGCUGUCUUCAAUUCAUUUCAAAUAUAGCAGUAUCCCAUAGUCAUCUUGUGCGAAGAGUGCCGUUUCAAAGCAACUUUCCAUGUUCUGAGAAUUUCUGAUCCGGUUGUGGUGGAGUAUGGACAUGUCAUUCAAGGUUGAGAGCUACUCACUGUGUUAGGCCAGGCACUGCACGCACUGGAUAGCUUGGUUCAUGUCGGAGCCACGUCAGGUCUGCAGGUAGACCAGCGUCGCAGCUUGAACAACCAACACAUACGUCGAUAAUCUUCAUCUCAACUUCCCAGAUUCCAAAGUCUUGCUUGUUCAUUUUUCAUUUGGUAGCAUUCCGCACACGGCACUAUGGGUGACGAGGAGUACGACUUCGGUGCUGAGUUUCAAGCCGUCUUCAUCCCGAAGCAGAAACCACCUCCUUCCAACCUCGAUGAGAUGGGUGCUACAGUAUCAAGCUACCCGCCUCUGGGACAAGUGACCCAAGUCAAGGGUGGAAACGUCCCUUUCACGAUUCUUCUCGAGGCCGAUGAGAAAGAAGCCAAAGAUCCCUGGGAAGUCGUUCUCUGGCAUUCUGAGGGCGGCGAAUGGGUGGAAACGGUGCUGGAUCCAGUGGGAAACGGGCCAUCGCCAACUUCACUACAGAAUGCCGAGGCGGAGAAGGCACGACUGUACUUCAAGUCAUCCGUUUCCGUCUCAUCCACGUUGAACUUCACCCUCAAGUUCCGCAGUCAGCCGGACCAACCCUGGAAAUGGGCAAGGGAUGAGCAGAGUAUGGGAGACGGGGUUAUUAUCGUCAACUCUGACAGGAGUCAGACCUCGGCCAAAUUCUCCGAUGUCAUCCCAGACCUCAACUCUGACCUGAAGGCCAAAACUGCAGCUAGCCAGUCCCCUGGCACAGAAGUUUGGACAAUCGAAGCAUCGGUCGGUCCAGCAAGUGGCGACAAUUCCACAUUCGCAGAUACAAAACUUGGACUUCCCUUUGGUGGAUUCUUGCGAUGGUUCGCCCUGGUCCGUAUUUGGAGUCCGUGGCUGGCCCCCAGACACGGCAAGGAGUCCUUCGAGCUUGACAAGGACGCCGUGAUGGCGUCUUUCCUUAGCCCCAAAGGCAAACACCUGGUACUUCUUGCAGUCAGUGGUGUCAACGAUGUGACGACAGUUUUCCGCCAUUCUGAGGAUGGGAAGGUAUUGCUACAUUUGAGGAACGACGCAGAAAGCUCGUCAUCUAGCACAAUCAUCGCAGCCAUCGGGGACAACUUCGACAGUGCCAUGGCCGCAACCAUGUACCAUGCUAGGAAUAUUGUUAUGUCCGCGAAGAAAGUUGAUCAGGAGCUCGACAAGGAGUUGCAGGCCUUGCGAGACGGCGUAAAACCCGAGUGGAUGGAGAACUGGUAUGACGGUUUAGGAUACUGCACUUGGAAUGCUCUCGGCCAAGACCUCACAGAUGAGAAGGUGUACAAGGCAGUCGACACCCUUGCCGAGAACAACAUCAAUGUAACCAGUCUGAUCAUUGACGAUAAUUGGCAAGAUAUUGACUAUACUGACCCAAGCCAAUUCCAAAGAGGAUGGAACAGUUUCGAAGCCGAACCCAAGACGUUCCCCAAGGGUCUGAAGGAGACCGUCAGUCGGAUUCGCUCGAAACACCCCAACAUCCAACAUAUCGCUGUAUGGCACGCUUUACUCGGGUACUGGGGUGGCAUAACUCCAGGCAGCAAGCUCGCCAAUGACUACAAGACUGUAGUAGUCGACCGUGGCGAUUCGAAACGGAGGAACCUACCCUUAGGGGGCCCUAUGACAGUCAUCGCCAAGGAAGACGUCGGCAAAUUCUACGAUGACUUCUACCGAUUCCUGUCUGACUGCGGUAUCGACGGAGUCAAGACAGAUGCUCAAUUCAUGGUUGACGAAUGGGUAUCAGCCAAGCAUCGUCGCGAACUCACAACCACCUACCUCGACGCAUGGAUGAUAUCAUCCCUGCGACACUUCAGUAUCAAGGCCAUUUCCUGCAUGUCGCAGACGCCACAGAUCCUCUUCUACUCUCAACUCCCACGCAAUCGACCAGCAGUGCUCGUCCGAAACUCAGACGACUUCUUUCCGGCGAUCCCCAAAUCGCAUCCCUGGCACAUCUGGACCAACGCCCACAACACGCUGCUUACGCAGCAUCUCAACGUUCUUCCCGACUGGGAUAUGUUCCAAACCGUUCAUGAUUACUCCGGUUUCCAUGCUGCUGCCAGGUGUCUGAGUGGUGGACCCAUCUACAUAACCGACACGCCAGGUGACCACAACAUGGACCUCAUCGGGCAGAUGACAGGCCCAACGCCCCGAGGAAAGACAGUGAUUUUCCGACCAAGUGUUCUCGGGCGCACUAUCGAUCAGUACAAUGGUUACGACGAUGAUGCAAUCCUGAAAGUGGGCGCCUACAACGGCUUCGCCGUCACUGGCACGCCCAUGCUGGGCGUCUUCAACAUCUCGGCGCGGCCGCUAACGGAACUCAUUUCAUUGUCGCGCUUCCCGGGUGUGCUACCAUCGAUGAAGUAUGUUGUGCGUGCACACAACAGCGGGCUCGUCACUUCGGUCGUGCAGCCGGACUCGCGGGCGGCGCUUCUGCCUGUCUCGCUCGACGUCAGAGGCUACGAUAUCUUUGCCGCGUUCCCUGUGGAGCAGUUCUACAGCGAUGCAAGGGGCCAGGUCUAUGUUGCGAGCCUGGGGUUGCUUGGCAAGAUGACGGGUGCUGCAGCCAUUACUAUGAACAAGUACGAUCUGUUGCGGAACGGAAGGGCGUUUGUAGACACGCGCCUCAAGGCUCUUGGAGUACUCGGCUUGUAUAUCUCUGUACUGUCCGACCUAUCGGUCGAGGACGAUUUCAUGGUUACCAUCCAGGGUCAGCCCAUCCCUCCACACACCGUCUCCGUGAAUCCGGCAGACACUCAUGUGCUGCAAAUCGAUGUUGAGGCAGCGUGGGAGGAGAUGAGUCUCAAGCCUGGCUGGAACAACGAGGUUGAGGUGAAGGUCUACAUCACCAUCGACACUGAUGAACCCGGGUCUGACCCCGAGGAUUAUAUUAUAUCGGUCUAGGUUACUUUCCCAUGGGCAGUGUGUAUUGUUGAGGCAUAAAACUUGGUCGAGGCACAUGAGAAUGGACGAUUACAUGACACGGGAAGUUGCAAAAGAAAAAGGAUUGGCACCAGAAAUUGCAAAACUGGGGGAUUAUAUAGCUUAGUAGUGUUUUGAUGUGGUUUUAAGAUCCUUAAGCUAAAGCUUAUGUUCUCAGCUCUUGGUCUUGUCGCGUAUAUGAUUUCUGCCCUCUGAAGAUACGUUUGUCUGCUGGUUUCGGCUGUGACGCACGCCUUUUCUUCUUCCAAGAACCCAAGCAUAAGCGGCCAUCGCAAGCGCAAGAUCAGAAGCAAGAGAAUCAGAACAUAGCUUAUAAUUAAAGUAAUUGUUGC